AUGCCUUCCCAGGGAAGCAAUCAGGACUUCCGAAACCUCCAAGCUAAGUUCCAGGCCUCUCAGCAAGAACCUGGAGAACCAUCCAGAAAACCCCCAAAGCCUGAGUUCAACAAACUCCUAAAGAAGUUUCCACAGACUGAAUUAAGUGAGCAGCCCAAGAAGGCCUCACAGACUGAGUUUGGGAUAGUGUCCUUGAAACCCCUGCAGAUGCAGUUUGCAGAACUCCCCAAGAAGCCCUCGCAGUCAGAGGUUCUCAGAAAGUCACCGCAGCCUGAGUUCACUGAGCUACCCAAGAAGUCCCUACAGUCCGAGCUCAAAGAUCUCCCAAGAAAGCCUCUACAUCUGGAGUUCACUGGUCUCAAAAAGCCCUCACAGACGCAGUUCACAGCUUCCAAGAAGCCUCCAGAGCCCCAAUUUGCCAGCCCCCCCAAGGCCCCACAGCCUGAGUUCAUUAAUCUCCCCAAGAUGCUUCCCAAACAUGAGUUUGGUGAGCUCACCAAGAAGUCUCCACCGCUUGAGGCACCUCAGGAGCCUAUUGUACCUGCCCAGAAGCCCCGGAAGCCUGAGUUCAGCAAUCCUGCCAAGCCCCCAGUAGAGCUCAAACCUAUCACAGUCCCCAAAAAGUUCUGGCAGCAAGAGUCCAGUGAGGCCCCUCUGAAGCCCUUGCCACCUGAGUCCAGUACUUUUCCCAAAAAGUCACUGCAGCCUCAGGCUGCUGGUUUCUCUAGGAAGUCCCUGACACAGUCAGAACCCAGUGAAAUUCCUCAGACAUCCCUCUCCAAGCCUGGGUCCAGUGAGUUUUACCCUCGCUCCCCACAGCCUGAUGUCAGCAACUUUCCCAAGAAGUCCCUGCAGUCUGAAUUCAGUGAUAAGAUUCCAUAUCCUCAGGCCAUUGGUUGCCCAAAGUCUCCACAGCAGUCCAUGUCCUAUGAGGUCCCCCAGACACCACCUUGGAAGCCUGAGUCAUGUAACCCCCCAUCUCACUCCCCGAAGCCAGACUUCCAUGUAUUUCCCAAGAAGCAUCCACAGCUCCAGGUAAGUGACCUUACCAGGACAUCUUCGGAGCCCGAAGUCCACAGAGUUCCCAAGAAGCCUCAGCAGCCAGACCUCCAAGCCCUCUCUAAGAAGCCCUCGCAGCCAGAACUGGGUCAUCUCCCUAGAACAUCCUCGGAGCCUGAGUUCGGCUUGCUCCCCAGGAAGUCUCUGCAGCCUGACUUUGCCAAGGCUCUGCCCAGAAAGCCCAAGCUUCCAGGUUCAGUAUCCGAGUGCUCCCUGCCCUCUGCCUUUGCCAGCUCCAGCCCCCAGUUCUCCCUCAGCCCUGGGUAUGGAGUCCCUGGGACACCCGGCUGGAGAUCAGAAGACUUCCAAAUUCGGCACCCGCCCCGGAGGCGACCUCUGCCUUCAGUCAGCAGCUUGGGAUCCCCCCCAGCCAAGCCCCCAUUACCACCCGUCCCCAUCAAUAUCCAAAGCUUCCGGAGAGCCUCAGCAACAGCUACAGCUGUACUGAAGAGCGGCUCUUCUGGGACCCACUUCCCAGCCCAACAACUUCAACAUAUCUCACAGAACCCGGACGAGAUCUAUGAGCUCUAUGAUGCUGUGGAGGCCACAGGUGACUCUAGUCUCAGCCCCAGAGGCAGAGAUGAAGUGCAGUCUACCCAGCGAACUACCAGAUUGCCUCUGCAGGACACAGAGCUCAGGAAGAAUGCCAGUCAGCCCCAGCAGCCACUACCCACAGACCCCAAGCUGCUGAAACAGAUCAGGAAGGCAGAGAAAGCUGAGAGAGAGUUUAGAAAGAAGUUCAAGUUUGAAGGCGAGAUCGUGAUUCACACAAAGAUGAUGAUUGACCCCAAUGCCAAGACCCGGCGUGGGGGUGGCAAGCACCUGGGCAUCCGACGUGGCGAAAUCCUGGAGGUGAUUGAGUUUACUAACAAGGAUGAGAUGCUGUGCCGGGACCCCAAGGGCAAGUAUGGCUAUGUACCCAGAACUGCACUGUUACCGUUGUAA